AUCCGAUUAGAAUUCGAUUAAAUUCGAUAAUUUUGAAUGCUUUUUUUUCCUUUAAGAUAGUUAAAAUAGAUGAAGAAUAAUGAGUAAUAUUUGUAUAUACAUGAAUCAUCAGUUGUAAAAGAUUUGUAAUAUAUAUGGUGUCCAUGGCUGAACAGCUGUUUAUUUUGAGGUUAUGAAAUAGUUGACAAUUGCAUCAAAACAGUCUGGAAUAAAUAUAAGACAAAGAAUAUGGACAACGAACAAGAGAAUGCACUCAAAUUGGAAGGUCAUGCUGAAAGAAAAUACAUUAGAUUUCAAAGUCUUAAAAAGGCAUCUAAAUGUUCAAGCAACCGCAUCGAAAAUUUGGAUAUAAAUCAGACCGAUUCACAGCAAUUGAAUAAUCAAGAUGUUACAGGAAAAAAAGGUGUGUCUUUAAUGAAUUUUGUACAGACAGAACUAACAAGAGGAUAUCAAUUGGAAUACGAUGAGGAAAGAUUUUCAGCAAGAAGAGAGAAGAUCUAUUCGUUUAUGAAAAUUCCUAGAGAAGUUGAAAAAUUUAUGAUUUAUGGCUUUCUUCAGUGCGCAGAUUCAUUUUUAUUUGUUUAUACAUUUUUACCAUUAAGGUUUAUAAUGGCAUUGUGGGCUGUUGCUACGAGACCUCUUAGGCACUGGUUAGGAAGUAAAAAUCUUCGCGCCAAAAAAAAAGAAAGACUUUUGAGGCCAGCUGAAGUAUGUGAUCUAUUGAAAGGAGUUGUAGUGUUAGGCUGUUGGGCAGCCACGUGGAAAGUGGACACAUCAAUGAUGUACCACGUAGUUAAAAGUCAAUCAGUAAUAAAAUUAUAUAUUUUUUAUAAUAUGUUAGAAGUAGGAGAUCGCCUUUUUAGUGCAUUUGGUCAAGAUACAAUAGAUGCAUUACUUUGGACUGCCACAGAACCACGUUCUCGAACACGAUCAACUCGUUCUCAACACUUAGGAACGUUGCCCCAUCUUCUCUUUGCUCUAGCUUAUGUGUUGUUGCAUAGUAUACUGGUGCUAUUUCAAGCUACUACUUUAAACGUAGCUAUAAACAGCAGUAACAAAGCUCUUCUAACAAUAAUGAUGUCUAAUAAUUUCGUCGAAUUGAAAGGUUCUGUUUUCAAGAAAUUCGAUAAGAAUAAUUUGUUUCAAUUAUCUUGUGCUGAUGUAAGAGAACGUUUCCAUUUAACCAUGCUACUAUUAGCUGUUACAUUACAAACAAUGAAAGAAUAUGCUUGGCGAGCUGAUAGAUUAAUUGUACUGCUACCUGAUUGCGUUAUGUUGCUAUUAGCAGAAGUUCUAGUUGACUGGGUGAAGCAUGCAUUCAUCACUCGUUUCAACGAGUUAAGUUCGACUGUCUACAGGGAUUAUACAGUCAGUUUAGCAUACGAUAUGGCUCAAACAAGACAAAAAACAGCAUUUUCCGAUCCAUCGGAUUUGAUAGCUCGAAGAAUGGGUUUUAUUCCAUUACCUCUUAGCGUUGCUAUGGGCAGAGUAUUGUGUACAACUUUAACACCAUCUGCAAGACCAGCAAAUUUUAUUUUAUUAAUACUGGCGUAUUUAAUACUUGUAGCCUUACGUAUUUUAAAUAGUCUUAUUAUAUUAGGUAGAGCAUGUGAUUUAAUAUCUUCUCAUACACAUGCUAACAAAAAUGAUGCAGGCGAAGAAUCACAGGUUCAAAAUUUCAAUGAAUCAAACGCAGAUAUAAAAAAUCCAAAUUUGGCAACAGCCAUAUUUUCGAAUAGUGCUGUUAGUUUAAACAACGUAUGUCUAAACGAUGCUCUACUCAAUUCAGAUGAUAACGACGAAGUAGAUAAGUCUGAAGAUAAUUCGGCUAUAGUAGCAUCUUCAUCAACACCAGCUAAAAACUUUUUAAGAAGUGAAAGUGAACCUUUGCUUCCUCAAUGACAGCUUUUUUUAGUAUAAUUGUAGCGUCAAACUUUUUUUUUGUUUAUAAAUAAUAUAUAUAUAUAUAUCUAUAU